AUGCGAGCAAUUUUGCCAAUUAUUAGAGACCAGGUGUUUCUGAAGCAGGAGAAAUCACUCGUCUGGACUUAUUUUCCCGAUGAGGAGGUCUGCGUUUCUGCCGUUCUGACAGAGACCGGUAUCGAUCAUGCUGUCAUUCAUCCCGGGUUGACCGCCAGAGAGAGAUCGAUCAUUGUGAAGUGGUUUAUUCGAGACCUCGACAAGUGCAUGGUAUUGGUGAUGAGUUACUUGGUCAGUUCAGCCGGUCUGAACCUGCAGACUCUGUGCCAUAAUCUCCAAUUCGAAAAGACGGCAUCCUGGCAACCACACGAAUACAAACAUAAUGAUGCGGGCAUGAGGCUACUCCGGUACGCUUAG